UUUACUUUAUUUUUUGCAAUACGUGUCUUGAAUUUUAUUUUACCAGUUACUCGGUUACUGCAAUCAAAAACUAUUAAUGUCUUAGACGGUUUGCACCUUAUUUCAGCUCUUAAAAAAUAAAUUUGUUACCAUCAAAAAUGAUAUAUUAUAAUUUUCAAAAUAGCUGCCUCAAACAUCAUGCAUCCCUAAUAAUAUCCCUAACUCUUUUAUCAAUAUUAUUUCCUAAAUUUGAAAAUAUUAAUAUAGCUUAAGGUACUUAAUGUGAGAGGAGUUUUUCUAUUAUGUGUCUGUUAAAAGACUAUACAAGAACAACAAUGUCAGAAGAUUGACUUAACGGUUUUGCAUUAAUGUAUAUCCAUCAAGACUUAUUAUUAUUAAGUAUUCAUAAUCAGUGUAUAAUAAUUAGUUAUUACUAAGAAUAAUAUAUUUGAUUUAUUUUUAAUUCUAAGAUAUUGUUGCCACUCUUCACUGUAAAUCUAAAUGGUUCUUUGAGAGUUCUUUGACGCACCAAAUGGUUCUUUAAAUUCAUUUGGGGUUCUUUAACUAGCUAACGGGUUCUUCGCGCAGUUGUAUGGUUCUUGAUCAAAUUUCGAUAAGGUUCUUCGUGUUUUUAAACAAUUUAUAAGGGUUCUUUAUAUAUCUCGCGUGCUUAUUGGAGUUAAACGCUUAAUGGUACUUUGUAAAAAGCAUUUAAAAAAAUCUGAUUUAAAUUUAAAGUGUUUCGUUGGUUUUUGGUAUGGCAGAACAUUUAAAUUGGAGUGUAGAAGAUGUCUGCAGAUAUUUAGAAUUAAAGGGACUUCCCGAAUUGAGACAGAAAAUUACUGAGGAAGAAAUUGAUGGAAAAACGCUGGUGUCUUUAACUGAGACAAUGGUGGCCAGUUUAUGUCAGAUGAUUCGUCGGCAAGUAGUACUCAUUGAAAUUAUAAGGCAUCUUAUAACUUCACAUGAACAGCACGAAAGAACUAGCUCUUAAUGGUAGUAUGAUUGCUGGAGUGUCCCAAAGUAUGAAACCAUGGCCAGUGUGUUAUCAACUAUCCAUUUUGCCUCCAUCAGUAAAUGCAGCUUUAGAUGCUAAAGAUCAUUGUUUUCUUAACUUGAAUCGUAGCAAAUGUAGGAACCAGCUUUUACAAUGUCUUUAUGACGACAUCAGCAGAUACACAAUGUAUCCAUCAGGUGUGCAAUACUCAGCUGUACUUGCUGCCAUUUGCAGUAGGUAUCCACACUUAAGUGACUUCCCAUCAAAAAGUACUUCUUCUUAUAGAUAUGAUGUUUGUCCAACACUAUUAGAAAGCUUGAAGAACAAGUUUAAAAAAGAAAGAGCUCCUUUAAUCCAUUUGUCUGCUGUUGCUGAACAUAAGAAGAAAUUUGGCCAACAAAGUAGAGGUCAAAAAAGAAAGGAAGAUGCUGUUAGUGAUAACCAAUCUUUUACUAGGAAAAAUAGAGAAUUGCCGAACAAACUUCCUCUUGGGGAAGAUGAAACAACUAUUGUAAAAUAUCAUGAUGACAUGAAAAUAGAAUGCAAUAAGCUCCGGCCAGACAUUAACAUGCUGUUGGAUUGCCAGCAACGUACUUGUGCUGCUCGUGCAAAGGAUUUUGAUUCUGUAUUAAGUACAGCAGAUUUAAAAUCUACUUAUCCUUGGCUCUCUAUUGCUAGAUUGUUUCUAAAUGAAAUGAGAUUAAGAUUUGCUAAAGAUCUUGACAAACAACUCCACCAAUGUAUGGGUGGAAUGGCUGACAAAAUUAUGCAACUCGUAAAAUCAAAGCAUAAAGAUGAUGUAGUAAAUGCAAUUUCUGCAGAAAUUGAGUGUGAGCUUGAUGACUCCAUGAAGAAAGAUGCCACAUUAAAUGCAGCCAUUAUUGUUUUACCAAGACUGUUCAAAGAAUCUAUAGACUGCCUGGUUACGUUUGACAUCGAACCAUUGCAGAGUACGCCAACUAUCAAAGUGCCAAAAAAACAAAGGCUAAUAACAAAAGACUGUUGUGUAAUGUUGGGUGGUUGCAACAUAAUAAAGCAUUUCAGCGAUGUUGAUGUUUCGUUGGCUAUGUCGUGUGUUUUUGCAUCGUAUUAUAUAUAUAAUAUUCAAUAUCCAGCGCAAUUGAAGAACACAUUGUUGUUUUAUGAACAUAUUGUUUAUGGAUUGUCUACUAAAGCAUCACCAGUGACUAUAACGAGAAUGGCAAAUACUUUGAAUGAGUAAUCAAAUUGAUUUAUUAUGUGUUUGUAAUUAUAUAUUUGCAUAGUCAAUAA